AAAAAGAGCUUUCCUCCGCUAAAGAAGAACCAGCAGACCCUCUCCUACUGAGCAUUUCAUCACAGAGCAGAGAGAGAGCAGAAGAGGAGGAGAGGGAUCACAGAUAAGAGUCGUCACUCUGGAAGAUCUGUGGACAAACGGAGGGAGUAAAGCAAGAAGAGAGGAAAAGAAAGAAUUUGGAAAAGCUUAUAGCAUCACUUGUGUUUCUGUCCUCCACACCUGGCUGAAGAUGGUGUGUCUAUGUUGGCUGUUAGUGGUGGUGAUGGCAUACGUGUGUGUCCCCGGGUUCGGGUCGGUGUGCUGGGACAGCUCCUUCUGCAACAACCUGAGCAACAAGGGAAGGAUACUGGACUGUAUUCAGCUCUGCAUGUCUGUGAUCCAGACUGAAUUCCCAGAGCUUAGCUCAUUGGCCCUGAAGGUUAAUGAUAAGGAUGACCUCUUACUCAGGAUCCUUCCAGCCACCCUGGUCUCUGAAGGCAAAAUAUCAACAUCAGAUCUGAAAGCCCACAGCGACCAGCGACGCUCCUAUUCAAUGGAGCAUUUCCGCUGGGGCAAGCCCUCAGGCCGUAAACGCCGGCCUAUAAAAGUUUUUGCCUCUUCUCUGGAGGGAGGGGGCUCUUCCGAGGGCAGUGUACUCCCUCGGGGUCGCAGACAGCUGAGCAGUAAGGAAGAUGAAGCAAAGGUGGACCUGAAUGGAGGGCUGACAAGGGUCAUCUCUAAGUCACAUGUCCCUCUGAGCCCACAGCAGAGAAAAGAUGGGACCUAUAAGAUGAGUCACUUCAGAUGGGGGAGCCCAACUGUGUCUAAACGUAAUGGCAGCUUUAUGAAGUCGUGGGAGAAGAAAUCUCAGAGGCAGCUGGCUAGGCUCCUCAGGAACAUUAUAGUCACGGAUGUGCAAGGAUAAUGGGCUGAAUGGAGGAUGGAGAAGAAGGGGAGGGCAAGGAAACGUCAUUAUUGCUCCACAUGUUUUGUAAAAGGAAGUAAACCGAGAAUGUCAUUCCAGGGCAAGAGGUGGGUGUGAAUGUAAAGUAUUUAAUAAUCUAUCCAGUUUAUUUACAGAGAGAUCUUUUUGUAAAUUAAUAUAUUAAAGAUUAAACAUUCUGUUUGUGGCAAACAAUAAUGAUAAUGGACUGAUUUCAUUUGAUUAACACAGACAACAUGAACUAUAAGGAUUAUUAUCAGUGACGCCAGCCACCUGAUGAAGGCCACGGGAUGCAGCUGAAAGCUCCAGAAAUAAACAUUUUCUAUUAAAUGGACAGUGUGUAAAGAACUGAUUGAAAAACAAAAUGACAGAAGUACAGUACAAUAUUACUGGUGACAGAUGAAGAAGGAUAAUGACUUAUGGCUUAUACAGUAUACAGGGAGUAAACUAAAUAUUAUGUUGAAGAUGAGACUGUAAUAAUUACACUGUAACAAAUGUGAUAUUAGAUUUGUGGUAGUAUUUCUCAGCUUGAAAAUAUGCCUGGAAAGCAGCCCUUGAUGUGAGUGACUUGAUGAGUUGUCAAAUCAACAUAUCUAAGCCUAAUAUAAGGGGGGGGGGCAUAGCCCUAGACCUAAAAGAACAGUAAAAAAAUAAAUAAAUAAAUGUACAUAUUUAUUAUGACAACACCUUCAGAAACCUUGUCACACCAUCUAUUGUCAUUACAUGUUAGUGUGCUCAAAAUGACAACACUAGAAUGUAUGUGUUCAGCAGGUUCAAUGGCUGAAUCCCAAUCUCCACACUCAUGGACUUGGAGUGUAUUGAAUAAUACAUACUGUCAUUUAGCCAAGUUACCUGUUCUGCAGGCUAUGUAGCCUAAAAUGAUGUCAACAUAUGUCACCAAUGUUAUUAAAUGUAAAUGUAAAUGCUC